UGACUCCAGAUCGCGUCCGGAGCCAUGCCGUCCAACGUGCUGAACAUGGACCUGCCAGCCGAGAUGACCAUGGAGCAGGCGCACAGACUGAUAGCCAACUCCUCUGUAAACUUCAUGGUAGCCAACAGUCCCAACAACACCGCAUUCAGACAGAUGGAGGCGGUUAAACAGCUACGGACUCAAAUGAAUGUCACAGGCAGGAUCCUGGCUCCUUUCGACAUCGUCUCCGCACUUGACUUUGACGGCCAGACGUCUCCCUGGGUCACCACCGCUCAGGAGAGCAUCAUCGGAGCCCCGGCCGAGCUGCAGAACAAGCUCACUGUCAAGACGGAAGUCAUGGACAACAUCCUAGAUCUGGGGGACCACAAACCGUUCGUCGAGAAGGACGGCGACAUGGUUACUGUCCAGACCUACACCAAGUUCGACUAUCCGCUGAACCCCAUCGACAACUCGGAGCCGUACGUCUCCACAAACAUGUUGUCCACUAAGAUGAAGAGGCAGUCUGCGGUUACCAAGGAGCUGGGACCGGGACACUACAACAGUCCCAUCACGUGUAAGGACUUGAACCAGAUGGCUUUCCAGAUUGCCUCCACCGCCGCGUCCACCGUUGCCAUGGCCAGGUAUCAGCAGAAAGGUCACCAGCUGACGUUCGCUGAUGACGAGAUGAAGAGUACGGGAAGUGGCUGGCUGUCGGGAGCGCUUACGUUCGAGGACCAGGGCGAUGGAACGGUUAAGGUGACUAGCCCUGCCCUGGUGACCAGUCUGGACGCGUGGUUCGGGUUUGACGGGAUGCACUACUGCAAGCUGCUCUCUCCGUUCCGUGCUCUGGAGUACAUCUACACCGACAGCCUUCGCCAUGUAUCAUAAUGCCUCGUUCACAUACAAACAUAAACAUUGUACUGUUGCUGUCAGGAAAGUCGUAAACUUCAUUUCAUUUGAUAAUAACCAGGGUAGAAAUCAAAAUUGAAAUACUAUCCUCUUCACAUUUUAACAUCCCCAUUUCCUUCCUACUAUCCCUACUUUUCUCCCAACCACCUCUUGUUUUUUCUCCCCAAAGUCAAACUGUGCACCUUGUGUGAUAAUACAUCCCCUUUUCAUGCCCCUUCCCUCAUUAGCAUACGUACUCAUUUGCAUAACUCCUCUGAUUGGUUAUCCUCCAAAAUUGAGUUAAUUGACCACCUGUCUGUGGCACGCAGGGACAGGUGUAGUGCUAGCGCUGUGAUUAGUAAAAAUGAUUUUUGUUCGGCUAUUGGUGAGAAGAAACACAGUUUGACUACAUAUAACGUUACUUCUCUGCACCAAUUUGUUGAAUAUCAAUGGUAGUACUAUCGCAUGACUGCAUUCUGUUCAUGUCAAGUUUGUACCCACCUUUUCAUGAUUUCCUUCAGAUUUAACGUUAACGUUACUCUUUUAGCACAUCUGGAGUAAUAAUGUCAAACAUUGUGAAAUUAUAUUUACAUCUCAAUUUAUAUGUUUGUAUGAGCUUCAUUGAGCUGCUACAUGAAAAGUCAUUGCUCAAUAAGGAAGAAAAACCUGCUAUGUUCUUAUAUUGAUACCAGUUUAUUCCUCUCCGCUGUUGUUUCCUUUCUUAAUGUUAUCAAAAUAACAUCAAAGCAUAGAGAAAAGAUUAAAUACAUUUUGAAGAUAUAGCAGAACCUUUAAGUAAAA